CCCAAACGACGGCAGGAAAGUCGAAAGUGAACCAGCGGCCCACGAAACUCCGGCGCCCGCCUGACCUCGCCACCUCGGAACGGAAGAACCCUAGCCGCCCCGCCCAUCCACCCGCCCUCCCGCCCAUGGAUAUCGCCGGCGACCGGCGACGAUAGCGAGACGCAAGGGAGGACGUGCCGUGACCCUGUGGAAUCGCUUCGCCUGAGGCGUGUGGGGCGAGGAGGGGAGGGGAGGGAAGAGGCGGGCGGGGCGCGAUGUCGGUGCGGAUCAAGGCGGUGGUGGACCGGUUCGUGAAGGAGCUGCAGGAGGCGCUGGACGCGGACAUCCAGGACCGCGUCAUGAAGGAGCGCGAGAUGCAGAGCUACAUCGAUGAGCGCGAGCGCGAGGUCGCCGAGCGGGAGGCCGCGUGGAAGGCCGAGCUCUCCCGCCGCGAGGCAGAGAUUGCACGGCAAGAGGCCAGGCUGAAGAUGGAAAAGGAAAACCUGGAGAAGGAAAAGAGCGUCCUCAUGGGAACUGCUUCCAGCCAAGACAACCAAGAUGGAGCCCUUGAAAUCACCGUCAGUGGCGAGAAGUACAGGUGCCUUCGUUUCUCCAAGGCAAAGAAAUGAGAGCAGAUGAACUGGCGCUGAGGAGCUCUAGCUUGUGUACUGGACUGAACAUAGUCUCGUAGCCUUGCUUAAAUGCUUAGCCCUUAUCUUGAUUUAAAUUGGAUUGGAUUCUUUUUUUCUUGUAUAGGUAAAUCGUAAAAUGUGCCAAAAUAGAGUAAUAUAUAUAUAUAUAUAUACUGAUGUUAAGACUGGCAUUAAAAAAAAUUGGGCAGCUAUAACAGCUGCAAUGAUUCUUGAUGAUGACUGAA